UCUUAAUCUUACAGAAUAUGCUGCAAAUAAUGCCAAGGAAUUAAUCCAACUCUGCCAGCCAGCUUAUCUUAAGAUCAAAAGUAAUAACAAUUGAAAAUUGGAAAAGUCAUCCGUCAAUGAUUAAGUUUUUAACACUACACCAUACAACAAAAGUUUAACGAAAAAUGCCCAUUCAUAAUAAAUCAUCGCCUUCAUCGAUAGCAAAUCAUACAACUGCUGAAAUUGAUUAUCACACGUCCGAGGCAGCUAAAGUUAAACGAAAUCGCGAGCAAGCAUAUUUCAAUUCAUAUAAUUUCGACGCAAUUGAAGCUCUACCCUACGAUGGUGAUGAUGAUGAAGAUGAUGACGGGGGAGAUUCUAAGGUCGCAAAUGAAAAACUAUGCAAUAGUCAUAAACGAAAUAAUGUAGCAACUACGACAGAAACAACGGGUGGAUCAUCAACAAUAGAAACCGCUAAGAAUUAUCUAAACCUGAUAACUGAACCAAGUUCAGAUCGUUACUUGGAGCAACUUGCACACGGCGUCAUUCGAGUUGACGAUAAUGGUGGUAUUUGUGGUCCAAAUGUUAAUCUGAAAACAACCAACCAUCAUAACACACAUGGAAAAUACUCAUAUCUACAACGGUUCGCUGUCAUUUUUGGCAACAACAAUAACGUCGGUACGAGCAAUAACAACAACAAGAAAACCAAUACAAUCAAUAGCGAUAAAAGUAAUAAACAGCGAUGUGGUCAACAUUUGAACUCACAAACUCCCGCCCUAUGUUCAACGCCAGCGAACAAUAGCAAUAGAGAACUUUGUACUAUAACGACAUACAACACGUCCGAUGUAGUAGCAGAGAACAAUAACAACAGCAAUGGAUUUCUAUUACCAAGAGCUAUGCUUAAAUACCACAGUGUGGGCAUCUCAAAUUCAAUGCCAUUGGCGGCGGCAACAGUCACAGCAACACCAGUUGGCACAGUUUGCAGCUGCAACACCGCUUGCUCCUCGUCCACGCGAUUAAGCGGCGACUCUAAUGGAAAGCUAGAUAACAAUUCGAGUAGCCACAGUCGUUGUAGUAGCAGCAACAGUAACAUUAAUGCGAUGAUGACCGCUAUGGCAAUAAAUAGUACUGAUAGUAUUACCGGCAAUAAAACAAGAUUGGCUGCUUUUAACCAACACGCAAAUAGCCAUGAUAUAAAUACUGGUUUCACAGCAAAUGCAACAACAGUGACAACAGUGGCCACCACGUCAUUAACGCCAUCGUUAAAUAACAGUCUUAGCGGUUUGAAAAAUAACACCGAUUGCACAAAGUACAAGAAAAACUUAUCACGAAACUCUUCGCAUACCAACGUCAUCGUCAACGAUAAUAAUAACGGCCAGCUUGGGAUUUCAAUAUCCGAUCAAAACAUUAAGGUUAGUAGUCCUCAAAAUCACCAAGAAUUAACUGCACAUGUAACUCCAACGGCCAGUGAUAUUAGUAACAGCCAAAGCAAUCGUAGUGUUGCGUUGGAGAAUUCGCCCACAAUCUUAAGCGACUUAAAUAUUAGUAAACGAACCUUAUCACACCAAUCACAUUAUUCAACUGACAAAAGUGGUGGCUCUUCAGGCUACUACAGCUCAAACGUUUGCUCAACAUACUCUUUGGAAGAGCACAUCUACAGCGAACCUCAUUUAGAUAUUUUGGAUUUGAGGCCGCAACAUCAUCAUCCAACAGUCAGUAAACAUGUACGAAAUAACGAAAAUAAGAAAAAUAUGGCUGCAUCACCAUCAGCGAUUUCCGACCAUAACGCCCAGGUGGCGUGCAAACAAACGCUAAAUGAAAAGAUAUCGCACACACUAGAGAGUAGUGUUAAGCAUACGCUUCAUCAAAACAGAUGUACCGGAUAUUUGUGCGAGGAAAAUGAGCAGCAUGAGGCUAAUAAAACCAAACAUAAUAAUCGUAAGCAAUGUGAAAUGGUUUUGCCAGAGAAAACAGCAACAACAACAACUACGACAGCGAAGAAGAUAACUACGAAAUAUAUAAAACCAGAUUUUAGUGAAAAUUUGCGAUGUUUGGAAACUAGUAUUGAAAAUUUAGAUCGUCACUUGAAAACUUUUCCUCAACUACAGGCUCAGGAACAAUUAAAACCGCCAACGUAUUCGUCGCUCUACCCGCCUGAGAGGCUGAGAUCGUAUAGCUAUCUGCCAACGAUUAGAGAGGGAUACGAUUUAACACCAAAUAUUUUGCCAAAGCGUAACUCUUUGUCCAAUCAUAAUUGGAAACUUGGUCACGAACAAAACAGCGAUGACUCUUUAUUAGAUAUUGAUCUAGACUCUUUUCUUCCGGAUAACGAUGGCAAAGCGAAACAAACUAAGAUAAAUUCAAAUGUUUCAAAAUCGGCGGUUACGGCUGCUAACGACAGUCUGGACAAUCCGAGUUUUCUAAGCGAUGAACAAGAGGCGAAUCAUUUAAAAUGUGCCAAAUAUAUAAAUUCUUGUCCUGAGGAUGCGUAUCGGGUGGAAAGUGAUAUAAUAGCUCAUUCAGGUAGUUCAGUGUCAGAAAAAUCCUUGUCAACAUAUGUGAUCGGUACGGCCGUCGCGUAUCCGAAACGGUACGAAGAACAAUUACAUUUUGAAAAUACCCGCGAAUUAUUGGAAGAUGUUCGAGAUAAAAUACGUCUCCUAACGCAUGCCGGCCAAUCUAGAAGACAAUCAACUUAUUCUUCUCCUACGUCCAAGAAAGAAUUAUAUUCGGCGCAACUAACACGAGAAGACUGCUUACCCAAAGAGUUAACUCAGAUGAUAAAAACCCUCAAAAAUGAAUUGGAACUAUAUUUAGAGAAGAUAAACCAUCACAAUGAAUUGGAAAUACGUCAGCUAUGCACAGGUUUAGUGAAAAAUCAAAAUAUAGUGAAAAUGAAGAAGGCAUUCGAACGACGACGAUCGUGCGACACGUCUACUUAUGAAGCUGUUACGGGUGGUAUUUUUAUCGAAGCUUCAGAUCCUCCAAUUAGUGUACACCAACAACAAAUUACCUCGAUACGUUGCGCCAGUGAUCCAAAUUUCAAAAUGAAACGUAAAUCUUUAAACGAAGUAUUUCCAGUCAGCGAUUGUCGCAUUACUGAAAUCAAAGCCAAUCAAAGUAAUCCAAAUCAUCAACAUCAAUAUCAGCAUCAACAUCAAAACCAUCACCAUCACCAUCAAAAUGUCCAAUUACAACGUAAUCUUUCAUUUCAUCAGCCUAUACUGGGAAAUUUACACGCGCACGACGCCAGCACACAAAAACAUCAGAGUUUUAAUAACGGUGGGGAAUCUUCCGAAUCAAACGAUAAGCAAUCAAUUUUGGAUUGGCAUCGGAAGAAGCCUAGCAUUUGGGAGCUGUAUUACGGUACAAAUCGGUUGCAACAAUCCUUACUAGGCAAACGCAAUGGCACCAUGAUUACCAAUGCUCAGAAUCCAUCAUGUUAUCCUUCCUCGCGACCGGAAUCCGAUUUUACUUUAGAUUUGCCGCGUGCCGAACAGUUACGCAUAAAAAUGGAAAAAGAGAAAAAAUUCCGCCAAAGAUGUCGCUUAAUAACAACAUUUUUAAGUUUAAUAUUCUUUUUAUUAACUGUUAUGGUUGUAAGUUUAGUGCUAACACGGGGUAAACGUAUGUUUGGUAGCAUGAUUUAAUAGACUUACUCUUCUAUCCCUAACCCGUUUCUCCAACAAUCACGUCGUCAGUUAAUUCGUGUUUUUAAUGCAGAAGUGCAAACAAUAAUAAUAUCGUGGAUCACACACACAGCGAUAUUAGGAACAUACCACAUUUACCACCUAUUUAUAAAUUGUAUGAUUAAGAACUAAAAGAAAACACAAAAAAUCGAAUUAAAGUGACGUACGCUUUUAGUUGUCUAUUAAUAUGUUAAUCAUGUUAUUUAAUUUUUUUUUACUUUUGUUUUAACUCUAAACAUCACUUUAUAUGGCAGCAGUAUUGUUUAAUGUUAUUUAUUUUUUGUG